UAUCGGUCUCACGUAACCUUAAACUGUUUGUACAAAUGUAGUGUAAAUAGUUAGAGAUUUUCUCAAAAAUCGAGUUCGCAACAGUUUUCGUUAGAUUUUUCGUUUGUACAAAUUGCGCUAAAUUAUUUUUGAGAAAAAAAAUCAAUAGCAUUGCAUAUCUUUAUGCAUAUAUUAUAAAAUGACGGCCCCAUGCAGUGACAUUGUUGAGGAUAUUGAAGAUUUGAUAUCCUCCCAAGACAUAACUCCAAAAGAUCGUUAUAGUUAUAAAAAGACACACACAGUCGCAUCGCGUGUCAAAAGAAAAACAAAGGAACAGAUAGUCUAUCCAGAAUUACAACCUUACUCUAGUAUUAUUCCUGGUGUUCAGACUAUUUUUAUUAAAACAUGGGGAUGCACGCACAACAGUUCGGACAGCGAGUACAUGGCUGGUCAACUUGCUGCUUUUGGAUACAAUUUGACAGAGGACAAAAGUAUUGCUGAUUUAUGGCUUCUCAAUUCUUGUACAGUUAAAAAUCCAGCCGAAGAUCACUUUAGAAAUGAAAUUGAAGAGGCACGAAAGCUUGGAAAAUAUAUUGUCGUUGCUGGGUGUGUGCCACAAGGAGCUCCAAAAUCAAGUUUCAUACAGGGUUUGAGCGUGAUUGGAACACAUCAAAUUGAUAGAGUAGUUGAGAUAGUAGAGGAAACAUUGAAAGGCAAUACAGUUAGAAUUUUAAGUCAAAAGAAAGUAGCUGGUAAGAAAAUUGGAGGUGCUUCACUGUCAUUACCCAAAAUUAGAAGAAACCCAUUAAUUGAAAUUAUUGCAAUCAAUACUGGCUGCCUUAAUCAAUGUACAUACUGUAAGACAAAGCACGCAAGAGGUGAACUUGGAAGUUACAAACCAGAAGAAAUUGUUGAGCGAGCCAAACAAGCUUUUGAGGAAGGUGUUUGUGAACUUUGGUUGACAUCAGAAGACACAGGAACAUAUGGCAGAGAUAUUAACACUAGUUUACCAGAAUUGUUAUGGAAGCUCAUAGAUGUUAUACCAAAUGGUUGUCGUAUGAGGAUAGGCAUGACAAAUCCACCUUACAUCUUGGAGCAUUUAGAAGAAAUGAGUAAAAUUUUGCAGCAUCCCAAAGUUUAUAGUUUCCUGCAUAUUCCUGUUCAAUCUGGCAGCGAUCGAGUUCUUUCAGAUAUGAAAAGAGAGUACACCGUCCAAGAUUUUGAAUGUAUUGUUGAUUACUUGAAAGAAAGAAUCCCAAGUAUAACCAUAGCAACAGAUAUCAUCUGUGGCUUUCCAUAUGAAACUGAAGAAGACUUUGAAGAAACAAUGAAACUUUGUAGAAAAUACCAGUUCCCAAGUCUCUUUAUUAAUCAAUUUUUCCCAAGACCAGGUACUCCAGCUGCACUGAUGCCUCAAGUGUCAAGGCAAGAAAUUAAAAAACGCACAAAAAUGCUUUCCGAAUUUUUCAAAUCCUACGAACCGUAUAAUCACAAGGUUGGCGAAGAGCAAGAAGUUCUUGUAACCGAAGUCGCUCACGAUAAGCAACAUUACGUCGCACAUAACCGUUGCUACGAACAAGUUCUAGUACCAAUGGAGAAAGAGUACAUGGGAAAAAUUGUCAGAGUAAAGAUUGUAUCAGCCUCGAAACACUCGAUGGUUGGACAACCUCUAAACAAAGGAAUUUCCUCGAAUUUAAUUCCGGCACUGGAGAAGGGAUGUAUUUCAAGAAUUCCGGUAAAAGAUGAGACGAACAUGAUGUACUUGUACGUUAUAGUUGCGAUUUUUUUAGUCGUCGUUGCGCGAUUAUUAUGGAAAUAUUUACAAAUGUAA